AUGACCGGCAGAUCAGGAACUCUGCGCUGGCUACAGAAUGCCCGAAGACACAUUGAGAGCUCACAGGAGUGGAAAGAUUUUACAAUAAGGCUAUUUGAUGCUGUCCAGCAGCAGAUGACAGAGAGCCACGUCAAUGUCUUCACAGACCUCUUGGAGGCAGAGAAGGCUUUUGUCCUGCAGAGAGCUGCCAAGGCCAUCCAAAGAGGAGACUUGUAUAAAGCCAUGAUGUCUCAAAUUAGCACUUGCUUAGAGGAGCAGCUGUACAGUCAAGUAGCUCAUGAGAUGAGAGAUGGUGAUCACCUGAGAAGCAAGUUGUCCCUGAUCUUGAGUCACAUCAGGAAUGGAGUGAUGAAUUUGUUAGAAGAAAGGCCAGAGCUGAAAGGGAAAAUGCAUGCUUUUCUCAACCAGCCUCUCCCUGCAGACUUCAGAAGGCUUACCUGGAGGCUCUACCUGUCUAAUCCAAGAGUACGCCGAGACUAUCUGUCUCAAGUAGCAGCGAAUAAAGCUAAAUCCCCAAAGGACCGGGAGAUUUUCCUGAAGUCUCAGGCUCUAUUGUCCACUGAACCCAUUUUUCAGCACCUGAAAGACAAUGAAGUUGCAGCAAGGUGUUUGAGGAAUGUCCUCUCCUAUUACCAUAAGCUUCAGGGCACAGCCACACAUCUGCCUGAUAUGGAAUACUUUCUACUGCUGCCUCUGUUGCAAGUUGCCCUGGACCCUGCUGCUCCCAACCUGUCUACAGACUCCAUUUCUGCCCUUCUGGUGGAAGAGUUUAUCACAUUCAUGAACCUUCGACCUCGGUUCGUGAGACUCUCUUUCACCCAGGAUGCUGCUGGUACCGAUGUAUUGGGGGAAGUAAGCUCAAUGUUACAUGAACAGGACAGGGACCUGACCACAGUUAUUCAGGGCAUUUACAGUCAGGCAGAGGAAACUCAAGAAUCCCUGUUGAGAGCCGUGAAGCACAUGCUCCAACCAGCCAUCAGUACUCUCUUUGUGGGCUACUUGAGCAUGGAUACAUUACUGUAUGUCUGGGACCAGCUAAUAAUUGGACUUGACCAGCCAUCAUACAACUGCUUCCCUGCAUUCAGUGCAGUCUUCAUCCUGCUCCUUCGGGACUAUCUGAAAACAUGUCAGUCACCAGGCCAGGUGGAAGCAGCUCUAAAGACUCGAGGGCCAACUUUGUCUGUGCAAGAAUUCCAAGACAUGAUCAGAAGACACUACUUCAAGGAACUCUACAGCCGGCUGCACAAGGAUGACAAUGAGCCCUUUGCAAUCCAUGACCCCACCCAAGCUUUGCCUCCCUGGAGCUACUUGUCCAGAGUACCAGUACCGCCAAGAACAAGACCUGAGGACAGGAAACAGGCAAGGCAACAGGAGAGCAGACUGCUACAGCUGUUGGAAGAAACUAAAGGAACCUUUGAGGCCCAAAGGGUCUACCUGAAAGAACAACUAACACAGGAGAAACAGCUGCGCUAUGAAAUGCAGAAGGCAGCAGAGGCCCAGAUAAGUGGGCUGGAAGAUGAAAUCAAAAAGCUCCAGGAGCAGCAAAGGCCUUCCAUGGAUGAUACAUGCUCUGUGGGAAGCCUCAUAGCACCUGCACCUUCACGGCAGUCACUGACCCCUUUGCAUCCUUCACCUUCCCCACUACAACCAGCACCUCCUAAAGUUACAAGUAGGAUGUCCACAAACAUAGAAAUUCAUGGGAAAACAGCAACAACGGUGACGCUGGAUUUGCUUGAACAGAUAAUGCAGGCUGCAAAUGCAAUCGCUAAUGGACAUAAUGCAGCUGAGCAAGGCUCUCUGAAUGCAGCUACUAGAGAACACCUUUGGAACUACAGCCAGGAUUGCAAGAAUGCAGAGAUUGAAGUAUUUGGUCACCACAUAAGCAGUGAAGAUAUAGAAAAAAUUCCAGAAUCCAGAAGAAAGGAACUGAAAAAGAAAUUAACUGGCACUAUCAGAAGAAACACAGAGGCCCGUCACAAAGCCCAACUUGCAGUAGUGAAAGGGAUGUUACCAGAGUCUGUCAUCUAUAUGUGACAUGAGUACUUGAAAUUUAAGGAUUAAUACAAAUCCCAGAACAUUCAUAGUUACAUUUCAGUCUGAUAAUUCAUUGUACCGUACUGGUGGGCUCUA